CUCUGUAUCUGGGAGGGUACGACGACUGUCGUCAUAGUAUAUUACAUAUUUACAUUUGCGAGGCUUCUAACUAACACUGCAAUCAACCAGCAAGCUUGCUGUAGGCUUAAUUUGACAGACUUUUUGCAAGCUUUAAGCAUGGAAAAUGUCAACGAGAUUUCCACUCUUCCAAGAAGUGGCCGUAGUAUUCAGGAGAUGGGGCAGCACUAAAAUGAAGUACAUCGAUGUAAGCAAAAUUGUAGCACAAAUAGUAUUAAAUAUUUCGUGUUUUAGUACAUGAAGAAUGAGAAUCCAGGACAGGACUACGAGAUCAGCCCAUACGCCACAUUCAACGUGCAGGGCAAGACACUGUCCACGUCGCAGACCAUGGACUACUCGCUGCAGUUCCAGACGUUCACCCAGCGCGAGUGCUACGCAGGGCACCCGCGGCCCGCCGCGUGCUGCAAGGACUACUGCGCCCACAGCUCCACCUCCGGCGACACGGAGCCGCCGCACACCUCCAAGAGUCCACCCGAUGGCCUCAGCCUGGAGAUCUCGUGCAUCUCGAGCCAGAAGGCAGGGGUCGGCGCCAGGCACCGCCACUCAGACUCCGACAGCAGCGGGGCAGAGACCCGAGGGCCGUGCUACCAGCUACCCACACGCCUCAAGAGCCCUCGCAGGGACUCUGUGUUUGAGCUGGAGUCGAGCAUCGAGUCGGCCGACGGCUCGCCGGAGGUCAAAUACCACAAGAGAAGCAAAGUUCUGCACAGAGUGACACCUUCCAGGUAGUCCGUGCGUGCCCUCGGCAGGGGCCUGCUCUCCGAGUCUCGCAUCCAGCCUGGUAACAAGGGUGGAGACUGCUUUGAGAUCCUGCUACAACCUGUGAUUAUACAUCUGAAUAUUCGCCAAUACAUGAGACCUGAAUUUAAAAAAAAAAUGAUCAAUGCUUAUAACAUAGUUUCAGGAUCAUCAUCCAGAAACAUUUCUUGGUUGUAAGAAAUCUGGAACUUCUUCAUUCACAAAUUCUUAAGAAUUUAUUUGCAUGUUUACAUUUUAAAAAUGUGAAGUGAAAAAUCUUGUUGUUUGAAUAAAAAAUAUCUACUUGUACCAGAUGAUGAAAGAAAAUACAGUAAGUUACAGGUCAGUUGAAAAUGAACCUAAACGUAAGAAAUUAUACUUCCUGUAUUAUCUUUCAAAAUGCACUUAUACUGUGUUAAUAAAUUACGUUUAUUAAACAAGA